AUGAAAGUCAUGAAAAAACAUGCACAAGGAUUUUAUACCCUUUUGAGUAAACACAAUGUGAGAUUAUUUCUUAAUGAGAUAAAGUAUGUACGUUACAAAAGUGACCUGAAAUGGGGAAAAAAAAAUUUAAUCAAUAACAAUGCAAAAUAUGUUGCAAAUGCAGCUAAGAGAUUAAGUGCGGUAAGAGAAAAUGGAGAAGAGGAAAAAAAAAUAGUAGUUCAUGAAAAGUACAAAGUGCAAGUUGCCCUGUGCAUAGACAGAUUCCCCUUAACUUUUGUGCAGGAAAAAUUUGAAAAAGAUUUUGAAGAAUUCAAAGAUAAAUGGCUUCUAAAAACAAAUAAUAAUUUAAAUAUCAACGAGGAAUUUUUACAUAUGAAAUAUAAUUUAAGCUCCUUUCAAGAUAAGAAAAAAGAAAAUAAUAUGGAAAGAAGUUAUUUCGAUGAUGAAAUAAACAAGGAAAACAAAAAAAAUAAAAAUAAUAAAAGUUUAGAUCAUGAAGAGAGUCAUGAAAAAAAUAAAGAAGACGCAUCUUCAGAAAACGAAGACUUAGAAAAUUUGUUUGCCACAGAAGGAAUACAAAAUAUUUUAAAUGAAAAAGAAAUAAAAAAAAAAAAAAAAAACGAUAGAGAUAUGGAUGAGAGAGAAAAAAAAAAUGAUUACGAUUAUGAUCUUAAAAACGAAUAUAACUAUCGAAAUAUUAAAAGGAAACCAACUAAUUUUUUAUACCUAAUAGUAAAAUAUAAAAGAACAAAUAAAUGGAUGUUCCCACUGAUAGAUUUUAGAAAAAAAUUUACGAUUAGACAAAAUUUACAAUACAUAUGUACAGAACAUUUAAAAUGCGAAAUGCCAUUUUUUAUUGGUUGGUGUCCAUGUACAUUUGAAAAAAGAAAAUUUAAAAUACCCCUUUCAUUUAAUGAAAUUAUUGGAAGAAAAAUUUUCUAUUAUAGAGCUCAUUAUCUCAAUCAUGACAUUAACUUAGAUCUGUCCAAAAAUGAAUAUAUAAAUGAUUUUGCUUGGAUCACUCGUUCCGAAUUGAAGGACUUCCUUUCCAUGAAUAAAUAUCAAGUUAUAAAGGAUGCAAUACCCCUGACGUAA